CGGGAGCCGAGGCGCGCGACACAGCGUCCGGACCUCCGGCACCUGUCGCACACCUGUGGCCUUCCUCGCAGCAGCGCUGACGUUGACUUACCGGCGACUCGUGACUCUUGAUCGGCUGGCCAUGGCCUACCCGGGGUACGGAGGAGCGUUUGGAAACUUCGGCGGUCAGAUCCCAGGGAUGCAGCUGCAAAUGGGCCAUCCGAUGCCAGGUCCCAAUGUGUUCGCUGGUGGUUACCCGGGGUACGUGGCCUACUCUGACAGCUACCCCCCUGCUGAUGACUCUAUGUGGUCUUUCUUCACAGCUGUUGCUGGACAGGAUGGUGAGGUGGAUGCGGAGGAGCUUCAGAGAUGCUUGACCCAGUCUGGAAUCAGUGGGACUUACGCACCCUUCAGUCUGGAAACCUGCAGAAUUAUGAUUGCCAUGUUGGAUAGAGAUUAUACAGGAAAAAUGGGGUUCAGUGAAUUCAAGGAGCUUUGGGCAGCGCUGAAUGCCUGGAAACAGAACUUCAUGGCUAUUGAUCAAGACCAGAGUGGCACCGUAGAACACCAUGAGCUGAGCCAAGCCAUCACUCUUAUGGGUUAUAGGUUGAGUCCCCAAACACUGGCUGCUAUUGUUAAACGCUACAGCAAGAAUGGCAGAAUUUUCUUUGAUGACUACGUUGCCUGCUGUGUGAAACUUCGUGCCCUGACAGAUUUCUUUAGGCGAAGAGAUCACUUGCAACAAGGGAUUGUGAACUUCCUGUAUGAGGAUUUUCUGCAGGGCACUAUGACCAUUUGACAGCGUAGCAUUGAAAAGGUGAAUACUGAAGAAUCCUUCUGCUUCACUGAAACAGACUGGACUACCUAAAACUAGAAGUUUGAUGAACUUUUUUGUAUCCCUUCCUGUUAAAGCUCCGUCCCCUUCCUGUUAAUUUACCUUAAAGCACAGUUCAAUGCAAUAACGUUUUUAUUUGGGAUAUAUUAUUUUUUGGAAAAGUUACGGUGUUGCAGAUAUAUGCACGCCAUCUUGAAAUGUUGCUAAUGAUAUGUAGUUGAUUGAUAUCAGCGCACCUGAGCCUUCAUUUUUUAACAAUAAUAGUGUAUAGAAAUGUAGUUAUGUGACAGAUUGUCUACGAAGCCAAGUAACAAAAGUCUAGAUAAAACUUAAUCAUGUUAUCUAAAGGCUACAAGUUGUACUUCUGAUUUUGUUCACGUCUGUGGCUGUUUCUGGAAGUCAGUCAGUUAGAGGGGACAGCUGCACAUUUGCUGGCUUUGGCUUUGAUUACCCCACAGAGAACAUAACCUCAUGUUCUUGGCCUAUGAAUAAGAAAUCUGUAGCUCCAAACACUAUCUGAAUUUGAGUCUGUCAGCCUACGAUAGUAGGUAUUGUUUACCUUUUUUAUUUUUCUACAAAAUAUUUUGUUGUCUUCCUAUUUUCUUUUCUUUUUUUUUUUUUCCUUUUUAACAUCUUUGUUUCUGCUUAGCUUUGUUUUGUGAGACAGGAUCUUUCUAGAUGGCCCAAUAGGUCACAAACCCAUCGUCCUCCUGUCUUGCCCACUUUGUGUAUGGAGGUUCAAGGCGUGCAGACAUGUGUCUGCCUUAAAAUUUGAAAAUGAAAAUAUCUUUCUCUUUUCUGAGCAGUGGCAUAGAUAACCUAAAAUGUCCUCUUUCUCAAAAUCAACCAGUUUUGGAGGAUGACACAUUUUAGUGAAGUGUCAGCACUUACUCUUGUUUCUUCUUUAAACCCAUGCUGCCCCUAGGUGAUGGCGACAGUUUAUAAAAUGAGAAAAAGUUCAUGUGAUCCGCUACUGUUCAGGAAUUCUGUGUUGGAUUAAUGGCAUGAAUGUGUGCGUGCGUGCGUGUGUGUGUGUGUGUGUGUGUGUGUGUGUGUGAAUAUGUGGGUACAGGUGUACCAAGAAGUGUUUUGAUUUUUUUUUUCCUUUGUGGACCCUGUUAGCAGCAUUUCUGGUGAAAUUUUCUAUAGAGAUUUCAAGUAGUCAUCAAGCUCUUUGCACUAAGUCCUCUGGUAUAAGGUGUCAGAGUUAAUUUCGUUUUUAAUGUGGAAGACACCUGUCUUUAUUAAUGAAGAUUUGAUAAAUCACUAAAUUGUCAUAUAUUUUAACUGAAUAUAUAUCUAGCUGAAGAAAAAUGCAAAUAGAUAUAAUUUUAGUUUAACUGGUGACCAAAUUAAAUAUUUUUAAAGAAAACGCCAUGUUUUUUAAUGGGCAAACCUCUUUUAUAAUUACAGAAAAAUGUAAAAAUGCUUUUACUUGAAAAGAUUCGGGUAAAGAAGCGAUGCCUAAUUGUUUUGACACUGGUUCCCUAUAGUUUGCUAUCAAAUACAUUUGGUCAGUUUUAUAAAGACUGACUAAUGGAUACGCCACACAAACUGUCCUCUGAUUGUGUUUCAUGACCACAUAUUUGAUAACCUGAAAGAAUAUUAGCCGAACUAUUGAAUGUACAGAAUCUGAAGCCAUUGUAGGGAAAUGAAGCCACAGUGUGAUGUUAUAAAUUAUUGAAGAAUGGACACUCGUGAUGUAUAAGUGCUUUUAUUUAUACAGUAAACAUGUUUCCAUGUCAUUUUGAGAAUUUUUUAAUAAACAUUCAAAUAGCUUGCUGUAAAGUUUUGUAUCAUACAAAAUUUGUUACAUAUGUACUGUUAUGAGAUGCGUCAGUUCAACAACAGUGCAUUAAUUCAGCUGUUAUCUAAAAGAUUGCCAAAUGAUGAGAUGUCAGGUAUUGCACUUCUAGUUUGAGUGGCAGUUUACACAUUUCAAAUUACAUCCAGGGCAAAUCAAUGCUGUGGGAGUCUCGAUUUGGUCCACUGAAAAUGUCUUUUAAGGACUGUGCUCAUUAACCUAUUUUAGGCAUGCACUCAGAAAAAGGAAAGUAACAAAUACAUAUUCAAGUUAUAUAUUUAUUUUCAGAAAAGGCAUUUACCCUGGAAGAAAGUAGAAUUUAUCAAGGUAGUUUAAACUCUGUGCAAUUAAAAAAAAUAACAAAAUCAAUUUGUGAUUAUUUCUUUAAUUAAAAUAUACACAUCAAGUUCACUUGUAAUCUUAUGAUAGUACUAAUUGAACAAACAAAAUAAAUACUACUUACGAGAAAUGUGCUUUUUUAAAAAAUGUCCUUUUAUCUUUGACAAAUUAAAGUGGAUAUAUUUUGUCCUGCCUCAUGAACAGCUUUCUGUAAGUUUGAUAGGGGCAUGUUUUUAAUAAUCUCUAAAUUGAACCCAUUGCUCAGAAUUCCAAACUACUUUUGAUUAUCACAUCCUCCGGUUAAAAUUAUAAAACUCAACCAUGGCUCUUUUAUUACUUUGGUACUUGCUUGAAAAGAUCCCUUUUGUUUGUCUUAAUGCAAUCAUUUAUGUAGUGAGUUAAGCUUCCUCAAAUAACUGCCUAAGGCUCAGGUGUCCUCUACACUAUGUCUGGAGAGUACGGACUUAUGCUGGGGUACAAUGCAGAUGUUUAGAACAUCUGUGAGGUGGAGAAUGCAGACAGCAUUUUAAAUAAAUACCAUUCUCAUUUCUCAUUUAGAACAAUAUCAAGACAUCUCUCCAUAUAUUAGAUUAAAAUUUCCUUGUAAUUUAAAACAGUGAGAAGAAUAGCUAGCAAGACACGGAGAACUCAGGGACCCCUUCUGACUCUAGAUCAGUCUGUCCUUUGGAUGCUAGGAAACCUGUGCCCUGAAUCCUCCUUAUCAUGUCCCCUUCUUAUUUUUAGACAAAUUUUUCCUUCUUACAAAGGAAAGAACAUAUGUUCUUAUCAUUCCUUUAAUCCAAGUAGCUUUAUUACACAUAGCGUAGUAUAUUAAAACCCAGGCUCGCUUCUGUCAGUCUGAACAUAGAGUAAGUAGUAGACAUACAGAGUGCUUCUACCUGCCUACCGCGCACCGCAAUUAGAAAACGGACAGGGUUUUUGGCCAUGUGCUGCUCUUGUUGUCAGGUGAGCCCCUUGAUUAACAUUAAGGAGUUACAGAGCUUCAUUGAAUAGCUAUAUGGAGAGAUGUGUGAGCCAGGGAUGGUGGAUUUCCAAUUCUGACAUACUGGGGGUUGGAGUUUAACCUUUUCUCUAAGCAUAAACAUCUAAAUAUAUAGACACAUGCAUAUAGCCAUUUUGAUUUAAUUGUCUGUAUUGCUUAUUUAGUUAUCUUAUUUUCUAAUGAUUAUUGAAAUUGCAAAAGGUAACCUGAACGGUGAGGAUGUCACUGUUCUAGAAACCCACUAAUUAAAGAGUCUUGUUAGUUUGUAAAUGAUAGGCCAUUUAUUAUUAUUUUUUUUAAUGAUAGGCCAUUUAAAGUUGACCUUAGGAUUUACUGGACUUUUUCUGCAUAUUUAAUUUCUCACAGUUGUGUAAAUGCAGGACCCUCAAAUGUGUCGUAGGAGAAGAGAUAAUUACACAGUGGGAUGUUUCCAGGUAUUUUUUUGCCUUCUGUACUUUGACUCUGACUUCACAAUCAGUUUCUCUGACAGAGGGCAAUGUAAUAUUUCCUGCUAUCUGUAAUAAGUUUGGUUUUACUUUUAAUACAUGGGGACAUAUGCUCUUGACUUCUUACAUCUUAAAAAUGAAGCAUGAAGAGUCUAUGCCACUACACAGACAGUGCUACCCUUAGCGCAUGCUGUGUCAGAGCCAACCAGUUUUUGUUUAGAAGUGUCUUUGAGGAUAGUACGAGUUUUCUUAACUGACACAAAAGCAAUGAGGGGAGAAAUGAAGCCCGUAUGAAAUCGAAGCAAGAGGAAAUCGUAGCUGCAUACUUUUAUUCUUGAGUGAAAAGAUGAGCCAAGCUUUUGUUACAAAUGAGCUAUUUUGAAUGCAUGUUAAAGGCCAUUUACUCUUCAGAAAAUUUUAGUGAACAAGAAACAUGUCAAUCAUUUGCUACCAUUGUUCUGAUGGGGCAAUAAGUAAAAUGUUUCUGAGUUCUUUCCAUUCAGAUUUAAUGCUUCCGCCACUCAGCCCAGCUUGCUCUUGGUCUACUGGGCUUCGGUAAAACUGUAGCACUGUUACAACGAUGUGGAUUUUGAAUUGAUCAGCACCACCAUGCCUAUAUCUAGCUGUACCUAAUAAAAUGUUGGAAUUUGUUGGCUUCGCUAUUAAAAGUACACUAGCUAGCUAAUAAGAUUUACUUUCUUUUCCCCCAAAAUAAAUUCUUUUACAAAUUCUUGAAUUUUUCAUGUAUAAAUAGAUCAUAAAUUAUGUUUCAUUCUUGAAUUAGGUAUAUAUAUAUAUAUAUAUAUACUAUAUUUUCAAUACAACUUGUAUACUUCUUUCAGCUACCAAAAUGUUGCAACCAUUUUUUACAGGAAAUUUACAUUUUUCUUAUGUACAAUUAUUUGUAGAAGGUUAUUGCAAAACUAACUGUGCAAAUAGAUUACACUGUCAACACCACAUACCAAUCUUUGAGGAAAAUAUUGGCUAAAAAAUAAAUAUUUCUGCACAGAAUAUUUCAAAAGCAUUAUGAUUCCAUGCUACAUUAUGUGCAUAAAGACUAUGAAAUAGUAUGUGUUUUGGUCGAUGGUUUCAUGUCGUUGAAAGCAUUCCCAAGUUCUAUGUAACAGGAUGUGAGUGAGCUUUCUUAGAUCAGAUCACGUUUUCAAGUGAUCACACAUAUUUUCUGAAGUACGUUAUUCACUGACUGGCAAGCCUUCUGGGAUAAUAUAUUUUCUCAUCAGCAUUAUAAGCUGAACAUUUCAGCUAUAAAGAGGUCUUGGGCCUUUCAUUCAAAUCCAUAGGCGCCUAGGCAUAAAGUAGGGAUUUCUUGAUAUUUUUUAUUGUGUUUUUGUACCACUUGGGAGAAGGGUGCCAUGCCAUUUCGUUGCUGUCAUAACUCUACGAGGAGAAUGUGGGGAGAGCUCGUCACAACUCUAUCCAUCCUUCAAGGUUCCUUCUAGUUAGGGAUAAGGAAUGUGGUGUAGACUUUGCUUAUGCACCCGCAAACAAUGCAAAUCAAAAUGAAAACUAAUACAGUUGGAGUGCUCACAGUUGUGGUUAUUCACAUGUGGGAGCUUUAAAACUGCUUCAUAAUAUACCAGAAGCAGCCCAGAGAAUGUUGAGUUAAGCAUAGAACGCUUUGAAAUCGCAGGCGUCCCCAAUCAUUUCACAACUUAUAAAACAUGUUAACUAAUGGGAGUCCCAGAUGACAUGAGUACAGUUUGGGAAUUAAUCUAAGUCUUGAUAUUACUUUUAAAAGAAUAGCCAAGUUCACAUUUCCACGUCGCACAAUAAAAACAUUUAAUUGGGAGCACUAUAUUGCGGUUGUUUUUACUGUGUUUGUUUACAGGUUUGAUCCUGACUGGAAAAGCGAUAGACUGGGUCAACUGGGUGUAUAGUUUUGAAUACAUUUUCCAUUUCUGUGAUUUUUUUUUAUUCUCAUUUAUAGUUAUAACAUGGCAGUUUAAAAUAACUUCCAGUUAGUCAUCUCUCAACUUGCACGUACUAGUCAACGAAAUAAUCUGUGGUAGUUUUUUUUCAUGCUGUUAAAUGUCAGUCUGCGUCUUCUAUGAAUUUUGUUUUUUUAUACUGGGCUUUAACACAAAGCGUAUUUUACCACAAGAGAAUAUAAUGACAUUCUAGGCAUGAGCGGACCUUGCUUAGUCAUGAUACCUAAUAUUUUAUAAAGCACUGAAAAAUAUAUGCCUUUAGUUUUUAAAAGACUAACACCAGCUUAAGAAGAAACAGAAGCACGCAGCUUUAAAUGGGGCAUCAGGGAGAGAAGGGGCAACCUAUGUAAAACCGAGAAAACAUCUGCACAUCUGCAUUGUGGAUGUGUCUAUAGGUAUUGGGAGCUAAGGCAGAAGAGGCGGCCCCUCCAAUCCUGUUUCCUUUUAGCAACCUCAUCGUUGGCAGGGGCAUGAAAACCAUUUUGGGGGUUUGUUACAUACUGAGUGUCAGUGUGGAGAGUUGGGUGGAGGCAAGAAAGAAAAUCACGUGGCAAUCAUUGCCGUGCCACUACCUGAACACCACUGUGUGGUGCCGUGCAAGCCACAGGAUGAAUUUGCAUCUUUACACAGUGCCUGGUUUCCUCACACCUCCAUAUGUACAUUUCAGAGAGAAGUUCAAAAGUCACUUGUAUUUACAUGGUUUUGGAUACCGAGGGUCACUUUGGGCUUUUCCUCAACCAUAAAUGGGAUAGGUAGGAUUUGAUUUCAGCUUUACCAUGCCGAGCCUUUUGGCCAUUUCCAGCAUUCCACACGAGAACUCAGAAUGCCCCUGUGCGACGAGGGAAAGAAGCUGGGUGCUUAACGUCCAUUACCCUGGGAAGGUCUAGUUUUUGUAAAAGCAGCAUUGUGUUUACUUUCAAAUUGGACUGUAUUUUGUAAAGAGUUUGAAAUACCCAUGUGGGAACACUCAUAUCCAAGCAGACACUGCACAGUGAAGAAUCCGACAUUAAUUCGGAGCAAUUAUUAUUUUUUUGACCGUAGGAAUCAUAUUAUCACUGUCGUUAUUAUCAUUAUUUUUCCUUUAAAGCUGCAGCGCUAAUAGCACAAAGUUAAGGGAAGAUGGUAGCUACAGUUAUAUUUUUCAGAAUCAAAAGCUUUCGUCAUGAGAACAGCGAUUCAGUUACUUAGCACUUGUUCAAAAGAAAACUUUUCUUCUUAAUUGUUUUUAAUGUGUUUCUUGUGGCGGUGCGGGGCAGGGGGGGGGUCAUUUUAGGAAGAAGAGCUGCUAGGCUCGAGUUGGCCUGAUGACAGGGGACACUUUGCGGACCUCCGUGUUUCAGUUCGCACACAGAUCGUGCUAAGGAGAGCUCAUUGAACCAGUGCUGAGUCCCAGCCUUCACUUUUUUUUUUUUUUUUUUUUAAAUGAGAUCUGGGAUGAGACCCAGAACUUUUCAUUUCCAAGUUCUGAGGUGAUGUGAGCGCUGCCAUCUUAGGACAGCUUGUGGACACCCCACAGCCAAGCUGUCUUCCUAGGGCCUCUUGGAAUGCAGAGUAUUGACAUGUUUAUGUUACUACAAAACUGGAAUUAAAAAUGAAAUAGCUACUCAAUUUUUUUGAUCUAAAGGUUUUAAACAUUGAAUGACAAGCCCAUUAACAACACAUCGAGAACUUGUUUUCUGGUUUCGUUUUUAUCCAUGAAUCAACAAUAUAGAGUCCUUUGUGUUAAAUUAUAGCCAGUUGCAGUUCAUUUCUAGCUAAUUGAUCUACUGAAUUGCUUUUUUCCCUGGCUAUAAAGUAUGUUAUAUAUUUUAGUUACUCUUUUAUAUAUACUGAGGAUGUGAUACAUGUCAUCCUUACCUAUAAUGUGUAAGUUGUGAUUUGAAAGUGACAUUUGGAUAUAAAUGUUUUUCUCCUGGGUAUUUUGGAGCCAUUGUACAAGUUCAAGGCCACACAGCCUUGAGCUCUAACACAUUAAACCUGAUUCCUGACUGGAAGAGUAGAAAACUUAAUUCUGAUAGCCAGUAUAUUAUAAUGGACUUGAAAUUUACGUUCUCUCAAAUUGGCCCCCUGCUUUCUCCCUGUUUUGUUGAAUUAGUGACUAUUAUAUUAAAAGGAUCACUUCUGUCUUUUUUAUUCCUGGUUUUCUCAUCAACUAAUUAAAGUAGUGGACUCCCCUCUGGGAUAAAAUGAUAAGUCUUAGAGGCAAUUCUCUGUCCAGCAAUUAAUAGCAGCAGGAGAACAUCUCAGCCAAAUAAACUUUAAGACAGCAUUUUUUUUAAGGGCAUGGGACCGAUAAUAAUUUUAGGUUAAAGGCAAAGGUGUUAUGUCGGUGCUUCUAAUUCUUUCCAAGGAAAGCUGGGCUGCUUUUAGGCUGGUGUAGCAUUUAGGCCCGGCCUUAGGCAGGACCCCAAAUUGGAGGUGGCAGAUUGCAUUUAUUGUGGGUGCUAAGUAGGAAAAUGCUAUUUUAAAGUUAUUUUUCGGCUGGGACAAGGGAAUGCAAAUUGUGUGUCAGGAUGAUUGCUUUUGUUAUCCAUAAGUCAGUUCAAGUGUUCAUCUGACAUGUACGACUACGUGUAUGUUUAUGUUGCUUGGGAACCUUUAAAAUUAAUAUUCUGUGGAA